AUGGGCUCGGUGGUGACCGCCUUCUCCGGCGGGGUGGACAGCGCGCUGGUUGCCGUAGCUGCCCACGAAACGCUGGGCGUAAACGCGUUGGCGGUCACUGCUGUGUCUCCAGCGUUGGCCUCCCGGGAGCUCAAGAUAGCCGAAGCACUUUCCCGGCAAUUCGGCUUUGCCCAUCGCGUUAUUCGCACGAAUGAGAUGGGCCGGGAGGGCUAUACGGCGAAUUCUCCGCUACGGUGCUAUUUCUGCAAGACCGAGUUGUACACCCAUCUCUCCGCGCUGUCCAAAGCUGAGAAUUACGCUUGGGUGGCCAACGGCGCCAACACCGACGACGAGGGCGACUACCGGCCAGGCAUGAAGGCUGCGUCGGAACACCGCGCCCGCAGUCCGCUCCUGGAGGCAGGCCUGGACAAGGCAGCGGUACGAGCUAUUGCGAGGCAGCUGGACAUCCCCGUGUGGGACAAGCCCGCUCAGCCCUGCCUGUCUUCAAGGGUGCCAUACGGAACGCCGGUUACAGUGGAAACGCUAUCUAAAAUAGAGCGGGCCGAGGACUUCCUGCGGAGUAUUGGCCUUCGGGAGUUCCGAGCGCGCCACCACGACAAGCUGUGCCGGGUGGAAGCGUGCGAGGCCGACAUGGAGACCGCCUUCUCCCGCCGGGAGGAAAUCGUUGCCGGGCUGAAAGAUAUAGGGUAUGUGUGGGUGUCGUUGGACCUGACUGGCCUGCGGUCCGGCAGCCUCAACGAAGUGUUGAAGAAAUAA